AUGAACGGUGAGUUAAAAAAUCCCAAAUUUUUGAAUUAGAAGCCGUGCGAGAAGUUGCACAAUAGACUCCGCCCACGUUUCCAAAAAUUUCGAAAAUGUCUUGUUUUUGCAGCCUAUUCAUUCGACGGUCUUAUUGUUGCUGCUCUUUUAUUCAUUUGCACUUGUGCCUAUUUGAAACGAGUUCCACGAAUUAGCAGUUGGUUAUUGUCUGAGAAGAAGGGUCUUUUUGGUGUUUUUUAUAAAGUGAGUUCGAAAUAUUUUUUGGAGACUGUAACUUUCGUCAAUCUCUGAUACGGACAAUUUUGACUUUUAUCGAAAAUCUGAAGUCGUAUAAUCAAAAUUCAGAAAAAUUUUCCAAUGUCCAAUGUUCAAUGAAAAAAUUGUUUUCUAAAAAUUUUUUCUGCUUGAAAAAAUGAUAAUAGAAAUUACAAAAAAAAGUUGCUAAAUUUUUCCCAUUUUUCCAGGCUGCUGUAAUUGGUGUUCGUCUUCAUUCAGCCGUUGCUUUGUCUUGUUUCGCAUCUGCUUUCUACGUUCUUUUUAUCCGCUAA